UCCAAAGGCUGCCUGGGAAACGAACAACACUGACAGGAGGGAGAGACGGCCCAGGAACCACUUCUCCGUUCUUGGAUUUGGUGUCAGGAUUUAUUUUUCACCAGAACCUUUCAUUUCGAGUCAUGGAUUUACUCCUGGAUUCUGGCUAAUUAUGACUAAUUUCUCAAUCAGUCAAUUAUAAGCUUCCAAAGGGAAUCAUUUAUCAUGUCUGUGACUGCCCUGUUCAGGAGCAAGUGGGGGCACAAGUCACCGGAAGCCCCAGAGAAGCAUCCACCAGCUGUGGUUAAACCCAGCCAUGGGGGCGACGAUGAUGAAGAUGCCACCAGAGUGCCUAUCCGCAGGAACUCCCGCUUCUAUCGGUCAAUGAGGAAGAAGAGGCCGGGCUCAUCGGAGCAGCCUGAAAUGUCUGCCAGUCUUGGUUUGGACCACCGUCCAGGGAGCAGAGCUGGAGUCUCCUCCCCCUCUGCUCCCUUACCCAACAAAUCACCUUUGUUGCCCACGGCUAGACGGAGCCCUCAGUGUUCUCCACAGCUCCAUCAUUCCAGAGCUGUGUUGCCAAGCAAUGGUGCGGCCAGUAGCAGACAUGCUCUGUACAACAGGGAUGCUGUGGAUAGGAGAAGAGGACCAGUGGGAGGAGGGAGGAGUGUGGACAUAUCUGCUGUCUCCGACAGCCAGCAUCGAAAUUCUCCAGCCGACAUGAUCUCUUACCGAACUCACACCUUUCAAAACGGAGACAUACAAAAUCUGUCCAAGCAAACAACUGCAGCUUGCACUGUACAGGAGGUCAGAAGGGAAACCAUGAGUGAUCAACAGCCCAGUCCUCUUGGAGCAGAUCAGGACAACGGCAACCUCAGGUUGCCGAGCAAUGGAGAUAGCGCCCAGACAAUCUGUCACAGCCUCAACAUCGUCAAGAACAUUGCCUUCCUGUACCAAGAAUACCGGGACACCUCCAAGCAGCAGGAGAUUGAGCAAAGGCGGCAGCGUGAGAACCUUUCUCCAGGAGUCUCACCAGGGACUGUGGUGGAAGGGUCCGGUGUCAUGUCCCCACCAGUAUUACAGCUGCAGCUGAGGAACAAUGCUCGGUCACUGAGCUUGUGGCAGAACCUGGAAGUGGUGCAGGCCAGUGGCCUGCUCAGCCAGUUACCGCAGAGUGAAAUCAUAAUACAGGAGGCCAUGUUCGAGCUUGUUACCUCAGAAGCGUCGUACUACAAGAGUUUGGAGGUUUUAGAGGCUCACUUCCUGCGUAACCCUGAUUUAAUCAACACGCUCAGCCAAUCCGAUAUGCAUUUUCUGUUCUCCAAUAUCGAGGAAGUGAUGAAGGCCAGUGAAAGGUUCCUGAUGGAUCUUGAGCACCGAAUUGAGGAGUCUAUUUUUAUUUCUGAUGUGUGUGACAUCGUUUACCAGCAUGCUGUGAAACACUUCGAUGUCUUCAUUAAAUACGUCAUCAACCAGGUCUACCAGGAGAAGAACUACAGGCGCAUUUUAGAGGGAAACCAGCCUUUUCGGGAGGCCAUGGUUUCACUGGAGAACGAUCCAACGGUGAGGGGCCUGUCCUUCACCUCAUUCCUCAUCCUUCCUUUCCAGAGGAUCACGAGGCUCAAGUUGCUCGUACAAAAUAUCCUGAAAAAAGCAGAGGAAAACUCAAAGAGGGAAGCGAAUGCUAUUAAAGCACAUCAGCAACUGGAACAGAUCGUGAAAGAGUGUAACGAAGGAGUGAGAAAAAUGAGUCGCACUGAGGAGCUUAUCAGCAUUGAGAAAACAUUGGAGUUUAAAUCCAAGUCUGUGCCCAUCAUUUCCCACUCACGCUGGUUGCUGAAAAAGGGUGAAGUGCAGCAAAUGGCUGGACCUAAGAGUACUAGGACCAUGCGAAGUCGUAAGCUCUACCAACCAGUCUACUUGUUCCUCUUCAACAACCUGCUGCUGGUCACCAAGCGCAGCUCCAGUGGAGACAAGUUCCAGGUUAUUGACUCAUGCACACGGGCCAUGCUGAGGACUGAAGAUCUUGAAGACCAGGGCCAACUUCUGGCCAAUGUCUUCAAUCUGAAACUGCUGGAUAACCAAGAGGAGCGUCCAGUCAGCUACAUGCUGAAGACAUCCAGUAUGAGUGAUAAGCUGCGCUGGAUGUGUGCCCUCACUCCUAACCGGCGCACACGCUUCAUGUCUACCAGUGCCCAUCAACAAGACUCUCCACAGGUGCAAUGUAUUAAGACAUACUCAUCUCAGGAGCCAGAUGAACUCUCCAUCGAGAUGGCCGAUGUGUUAAACCUCCUUGAGAGAACAGACGAUGGCUGGAUGAUGGGUGAAAGGCUCCAUGAUGGCGAAAGGGGCUGGUUCCCUAGUCGAUUAGUAGAGGAGAUCCUGAACCAGGAGGUCCGAGCUCAAAACCUGAGAGAGGCCUUCAGGAUCCAGCACGCCCAGGAUGGUGAAGGAGUCCUGCAAACUGGAGCCAGGAUUGGUUUACGGGUCGGGAGACGUAGUCCAAAGUUCUUCAACUUUUCCAAUCCUUGAAUUUAUCAAAUUUGGAGAGCAAUCAAGUGAGCAUUGAAGCAGUAAUAAUGAUGAAUGUUAACAUUCAGGCAAUAUGCACCAAAAUAACUGAUCAGAAAUUUAGAAAUCCAAAUAAUCAAAGUGCUUGAGUCAAUUAUUUUGUACAAGCAAUGCUGCAUGUCUCAUAUAAACGCAUGCUGAAGGUGUUUUGUAGGACCACACACUGUGGUGUGUAAUGCAUGGAGUAAAUCUCUCUGUUCGGUUGGGAGCUGUAUUGGGGAUGGCAAGAACUGUAAAAGUCUUGUCCAGGGAGUGUACAGAUCCUUCAGCUGCAUGGGCAUGUUUUUAAAGUUGUUUGUGUUCAUUUGAUUGUAAAAUAUUUUCAACUCUGAAUUAUACCCCACAGCCACAACACAAACAUGUACGUGUACGGCGACAUCGACAGCUCAUUAUUAAACACAACAAAAUGAAAUACAGAAAAACGCUGCAAACAUCGAAAACACAACAAAUGCAAGGAUUUAGCUUUCAGGACCAUUGUUCAAGUGUCUCAUGAAAUCCCAUGUUAUGCACAUUAGCAAUGAUUAAUAAAAAGUCUGGGUCUAUGAAUAUUCAAAUAAGUGACUUCGCUAAAGUGAUACUCCACCCAAAGUCUUGUUGAGUACAGCCAGAGUUGAUUGCUGGCUGUAAAAUGUUUCAUCUUGGAGAACAAUGGCAGUCGUCAGCUUGUCUUCACAGCGGUUACAACAGAGGUUUCCAACAGUAACGCGCUUUCCCAAAGUGACACGACAUCUGUACAAAAAUCUGUGCUGUCAGCUUGAAAUGUGUACACAGUCAUGCAAACACAUAGAUUGCACCCCACAGACACAUAUCUGCUUAGCUUGAUGCUUAACUAUGUACAUCCAUAUCCAUAUCCAAACCGGUAUACAUACCACCAAAUACAUGCUAUGCUAUAGAUACCCAAAUCUGACUAUAUUUGGCAUGGCGGCUGAUCACAACACAACAAAAACCGACCUCUAGUCUACUCACCUUAUUAUUUUUUUUAAAUGGAAUCGGACAAGUCUUGUGUAGUGCAGAAUCCUUUGGAGUGUUAAGUGUCAACUUGCGUUAUGUACACAAGUGCUAUGUUAAAUACUGAUGCGACAUAUAUUUGGAAAGCUAAGAUGUCCUUGAAAUCAAACUCCCUUGUAAAAGUGGACUUCCUGCCCAAACAUUAGAUAUGCUCUGAAUUCCUCAUGAAGAGCCGUUACAAAUGAUCUCUCUGCUCCUGCAACGCCAUCUACGUCAUCUUGUUAUAACAUGACUGUCAUAUAGUGAAAUUGACACUCGUGAGUGGACUAGAGUAUAUUCCAUUAAUCACUGCAAAUGAAACUAAAACAAUGCACAGAGAUAAUUAAAUAACUCAUAAUAUAUAGACAUACAUUAUGUACAUAUAUUAUACAGACAUCAAACAGUGUGAUUGUAGUUUUAUAGUGACAUGUAGUUGGAAAUAUAUAAUAUACUACCAAGUGCAGCUACUGGUGAGUUUACAAUUUACAUUCCUGUGCAACACACAUGGACCCUCAGCUAUAAUAACGCAACUAGCACACUGUCAUAUGCAGUCCAAGCAGACCAUCCUCUGUCAAAGAACAAUUACAAACUAUUAGUCAUCUUCCGAGCCUCCAGUGUUUGAGUGAACAUAUGAACUUUGUGUGGAUUAUCUCUUUAAAAGUGUCAAUACAGCAUGAGCACACACACACAAACAAAGGAUAAAUACUAUAACGGCAAUAUAAUGCCAAAUAACUGCAAUUUGUGGUAACUGUAUAGAAUGGAUCAGCACUAUGGAUCAGCAUGAUUGUAAAGCCUUGUUUGUCUUUAAAUAUGGUAUCUGUACAGUGAUGCAAAUAUUUGAUGUUCAAGCUAAUAAUUACGAAAUAUUUGUUUUAAUUUUGUAAGAUGUAAAUUAUUGUUCAUAA